GGCACCGUUGCAACUCGACUUUCUUCUCCUCUAGUUUUGAAAAAGUACGGUAACCAAAACAUUGAAGAACAAAUUCUACAGCUUUUAUGGAAUUCUAGUAGCAUCUACAGCUAUGGUAUUGGUGAUAUUUAUUAAUAUGAAAAUGAUUUGUUCUAAAAGAAGCUAGUAAUUGAAAUUGGCUAGCAUGGCUGGACAUUUUGCAACUUCAUUGCCAACCUAUUCAGAAAACAAAGAUCAAUCCAUACAAUUGCAUCUGUAUCUACUACUGGAAGGAUUUGAUGAUUCAGUACCUGCCAAUAAGGAUUAUGAUUUCGUCUGUCAGUUGGGCAAAAAGGAAAUCUGUUAUGAAAAAAAAAAUCACUUCUACUAUGCUACUACGAAAAUUUUAGCAGAUACUAAAAAACUAAAAUAUAAGGUUGCAAUGCGUUUUUCUGCGUUAGAUGCUGAGGAAUUAUAUUGCGGAGAAAGGGUUGGAGUAAGAAAACAGAAAAUAGAAAAAGGAUUUGAUCAAGUCGCAACGUUUGAUGUUAUGAACCGGCAGCCACAGGUUCAGCCUCAACGGCACAAGGACAUCGUUUGGGAAAAUAUUUUAAAAACUGAGAUACCAAAAUUCUUGUUAGAUGAGGAAGAUUUCUUUCCGUGGAAGCAAAAGUUGCGUUCAUGGAUUCAUCAAAUUGGCACGGGUUGGACACUAAAGGUCCCUCAUGCACCAAACGAUAUUGAUGUAAAAAUGCAUAAAGAAAACAUUUCCCAGGUGUAUAGAGAUGCGCUGAAUAAGGUUAAAGGUUUUACACCUUCUGAGAACAUUUCUAAAAUGAUCACAUUUGUUGUAAUGACUUCUCCUGAUUUGAAAAUUGAGUCUCGUGAUCAUGACAUCAUCUGCAAAGCAUUGGCCAUGCAUAACUUGACAGAAAAUGAACAAAAAGCUCUUCAUGCACAGACCAAGAAAGAUGCAAAAGAAUUUAGAUAUGGCAAGAAUCUCAAGAACGUAAUAAGCAGUCUUUUUGAAAAUAUAUAUGAAUCGAAUCAACCAGACUGGAUUUUGGCUCUGCCAUUAUAUUGGUUGAUAAACAAUGAAGAAUACAAGCACAUACAUUUUACAUUUGAAGACUCUAACUGUGAUGUUGAAUUGCCACAAACAAUGGGGAAGGACUGGGCCUCCGUAUUAAAAAAUAUGAAAAGUGAUUAUUCUCAGAGACGUCUCAAAGAUAUUUUUGAACAAGUUGUCAAGUUAAGCAAACUUCACCCAUGGAUUGCAAGGCCAUAUUUCAACAUGAUGGAGUGCACAGGCAUGAUGACUUUGCUAAGUGAACAUCAGGAUUUACGUUUUGAUCCUAAAAUCAUUGUAUCGAUUUUGUCAUCUCAUCUGAAAGAUGGAAAAUUGGAACUCACCGACAUGCAAGCUGUUGAUAGAUAUUUCAGUAAAUUUGUAAACGAUGUUUGUGUAAAGGAGAACAGAAACAAAGAGCCACAUUUGAUUAUUUUCAUUGUUGAAAAUAUAGUCGAAGCUACUUUGAAAAAAGACCUAAAUUGGAAAGUGUUAAUCUGGACAAUGAACAUUUUGUCUAAAUGUGUCAAUGCUGAUUCGGGUUGCAAAGUUUUACGAGAUGGAACAGAAGGUCAAGUGAUAAGAUUUGCUCAGGCAGCUGAAACAUUUAUCGAGAAGAUCAACAUCGAUAUAACGAAUUGUUGGAAAAAUUUCUUCGGGAAUAAUAUUGACAAUCUGACUCAAAUUUUCAACUGUAAAUGGCAGUCAGAACUUAUACAGAAAAUUUGGCUGGCAAAGAUUUCAAAAUGCUUAGAAGAUAAAAUUAAGGAAUUCGGAUCCAUGGCAUCAAAUUUUUUAGAAGCUUACUCCAGUUUACCGGAUAUUUUAAACAAAGAUUUGGAGAAGAUCUUUGAUGAGGCAGCGUAUAAUUUUUUCAGAAGCCUCUUUGAAUGCAAUGAUCUCUUCGGUUAUGGUUGGUUAAAUUCUCAAUGGGAAAUGAAAAACUUGUCGAAGUUUUCAGAGAAAUUUUUCCAGGAAGAAAGUAAAAGUGAAUCAUUGAGAUAUAAAGAUGAAACUAAUGAUCAAGAGAAGCAAUUGGAGUUUGUUCUAAAUUGGAAACACUCUGCAAUAUUUUAUCACCACAUUUAUGGCAAGCUUGAACUGCAGGAAGAUAGUCAUAUCAAAAAAUUCACAAACGUAUUAAAAAAAAGUGUAUUGGAAGAUUUGCAAACCAAACAAAUUCCGUUGGGAAUGUUGAUUAUUCUUUCAUCAAAGCCGGAUGUGGUUAAGAAACUUGUUUUAGAAUUAAAAAGCGAUUCACAAGAAUUAAACGAACAAGCAUUGGGAAAUUUAGAGAGACUCAGAAAAGAUGUAAUAAAUUUUAGAAAUAUGGUGAAUCGAGCUCAAGAACUGAAGACUUUGUGUAUAAUUUGCAAACAAGUGGGUAUUGAACUACAAAACCAUGAAACGAUGACAGCUAUACCAGAUUCGUAUCAAACGGUUACUUUGAGAGAAAUGGAGAAAUUUAUUCAUCUGUCUGAUGAUGUUGACUGGGAAGACACCAAAUGGUUUUUAAUAUCCUACAUAAAACCUAGAAUGGAAAAUGUCGUGUUUUUUCAUCGAUCAACUGAAAUUCCACAAAUCUUCCGUGGCAAGCUAACAAAUCUGAGCACAAAAGAAACAUUAAGUCUGCUGUCACGGUUUAUUGGCACACUUCACGAAUAUGCUGAACAAAUUGCUCAAGGUGACAUUUCCAUUAAAAUUCUCCAAACAUGGGCAGAGUCAUUAAGGGAGCCUGGAAAAACACUGGAAAACGAGGUUGCAAAUUUCUACAAAGAUACAAUGUACAACAAAGCAGGGCAAGAUAGCAAUGCACAAGAAGAAAUUAUCAAAGAUAUUAGAAAAAAAAUACAAUGGUAUGUAAAGGUGAUGGACUGCAAGCCCUUCAUUGAUAUGCUGAUUUCGCUAAAGGAUAAGUUUGAUUUAAAGGGAAAUGAAUUUGACACCUGUCUGAAAAUAAAGGAGUUUUUAAAAGACGAAAUGUCGCAGUUGAAAUUCUUGAUUACUAUUAGCAGCUUCAUUCCAACACUGGAUAAUCUUCUGAAUAAAUUUAAAAGUAGUAGUGUUGACAUGCCAAAAAUAGCGGCAUCAUUUUUGAAAGAAAACGAAUUCUUUGAGUGGCUGCAAAAUAAAUUAAUUGACAUUGCAGAACUUGGAGUUUUGGCUGAAUUAGCUUUGACAUUUGGUAUUGAUGGCGGAGUAAAAACUGUUUCAAGUUUUGUCAGUGCUGUAAAUGGGUUUGAGCCUCUUCUAUUCAACAUGCAUGAAUUAACAUUUGAACAAUUGCUACGAAAAUGUGAGAGAUUAAUGGAGAAUGCAACUGCAGAUGAAGACCUUGUGGAAAAUUGGCAUAUUUCUGCUGUCAAUUUGGAGUUUUUUCAAGAAAUCGAGUUCAGUCAUGGAUCUAUUGAAAAAAGUUCACUACAAGCUGUUCGAAGUAUAAAUGAAAAAGGAAUUUUCAAUAUUCGGCUUAAACCAGGCCAACCUGCAACUUUAGAAAAUGUUGUACAGGUGUACAUUCCGUCAAAUGGGACAUCAACUGAUCAGCCUUCUGGAAGAAGAGAUGCGUUGGAUUUCAUCUACUUACGAAACUUACAAUCUACAUUGACUUUAAUGGGAGAAUUAGUUGAUACUCGAAUGCCUGCUCGUUAUAGUCAUAUAUUUGGGAUUGUGGAGAAGCUGGCAAAUGCCUUGAUACGUCUAGUGGAAGAUGGUUUCACACUAUUCAACGGCUGCUGCAUAAGAAUCUUACCUGGUGAGGGAGAACAUAUAAGGAUGAAAAUAUUUUUCAAAGGGGAAGAAGGAGAAUCAGUGCAACAGCGAUUUUCGUUAACUGAUGCAGAAGUUGUUGAAAGAGAGCUCGAUAAAACUCACAUGAAGUGGAAACAGCAUGUUAAAGACCUGCGAAUGAAAUAUUAUUACCUGAAUGAGUACUCAAUCAACCAAAUAGUUUAUCUCUGCAAUCAGUUAUCUGAUGAGAGUCUCACUGCAGAAACUCAUCAAGAUCAGGUAAAUGCUUUGCUUUCAAUUAUCUGUCCGGAAAUAACAUUCAAUGAUAUUCGAAAACUAUUGGAAACGACAAAAGAACAUCUGCUGGAAACAAAACAAAAAAUUGACCAGAAAGAGCCAGAAGAAUGUGAUGAUGCAAACGAUGAUGAAAUGCAAAAAAUGAAAGAUGGUGUAGAGAAAGUGAUAGGAGCAAUGAAAAGAAAACGUAGACAAACCGAAAGACUAGCCAAAGCUGCUGUAAUGGAAAAGGGGUGGUCAGAUAUAAAACAAUGCAAGACCUGGAUAAUGAUGAAUGAAUCAAACCAAACCAUAAUUAAAGAAUUGUCCACACAGUUUGACAGAAAGAUAGUUGAUUUGAAAAAUUCUAAAAUGAGUGCAACAACGGAAGCAUCAGUAAAUUCAGGAAUUCCAAGCACACAGGAGACUAUUUUGAAAUACCUGAAUGAGAAAUGCAUGUUUUUUACUGCCGACUUCGCAGUGUCAGACCGGAAAGAUUUUAUAAGCAUGGCCCACCUUGGUGAAUUUCUCACCCAGUUGAGCCAUAGAAAUAAAAUCGAAAAAUUGAAGCGUAUACUUCCUUGGCCUUUGCAGCCGGGCCAGCCAAAUUUGCUUACUUGCUCGGACCAGGACAUGCUUCUAAGAGUUAUUUCACUUUACAUGGAGGAUUUGGAUCAGCCUUUGCCUACAGCGUCCGAAGUUUUGAUCUGCACUGAAAAAACUACAGAAGAUAAUGUUGAACGUUUUUUUUGCCGAGCAAUGAGUGAAAGUGAAAACAAUGGCUCGCCCUUGUUCUGCAUUGCAUAUCUGAAUAGACUGACGGAUUCCGUAAUGAAGGCUGCAGAGAAUAUUUAUGAAGAUUUAAAAAAAUUUGGCUAUAAAAAUUAUCAGCUUGUUGUCUUGAGCAAUGAUUCAACCAACUACCUUGCUAAUAGUUUUAAAGAAUUCCAAGUUGCUGAUAAUUUUGUCAAAGAUCCUAAAGAAAUAUCAUGUUAUGUUCAAAAGCAUUUGAUUGUCGGUAACAAGUUCAACAAAAGUAUUGCUGGAGUCGAUAAAUUCAGAAGUUCUGUCAGAUUUGUGGUGUCUAGUACUGUUGGUGCAGGGAAAAGCCUGCAUAUAUCAAGGAAAAAAGAUGAAGCAAAAAAGGACUUUAAAGAAAAUCCACGCAUAGCAACCUUGAGAUUCCUUGAAAAAGAAAUGAAACCCGAUAUGGCAAUAAGGAAGCUUCUACCUAAGCAAUUCAGAGGGUCGUAUAAAGAUCAAAUCUUCGUGCAUAUUGAUAUAACAAAUGCUGUUGAAAAGGGGAUAGAAGAAUUUUUAUUCAACUUAUUUGUCCUCGGUCGAAUUGUGGACAAGUCAGGAAAAGUAUGGAUCAAGCAUCCCAAUCAAUAUUACAUGAUUGAAAUCACAGAUCAAGAUCUUGUCUCUUUGAAGUAUUCAAAGAUUUCAAUGCUCAAUAUAUUUCCUAACAUCGUGGCACUUCAGCCUCAAGAAGUUAUUAGUGGAAAGUUCAAAGAAUAUUAUCACAAUACAAUUGCUAUGGAUUCUGAAAUGUUCAAGUCACAACUUUUUCAACGGCCAUAUCACAACUUGAAAUGCUAUAGAGAGUAUAUAACAACACCAAAAAAAAAAGAGAAGUCACUGAAUGAAUUUACUUAUUCUGAAAAUAAGGAGAAAGGCACACAAGAAGAAUGCAUCAAAAUAUUGUUGGAGUACUGUGGAGACAAAGCAUCAUGGUCCCAAAUUGAGCAUUUCGUAACUUUUCUUGACUCUCAGCUCAAGAUGUGUGAGAUUUGGUAUAAAGAAAACAAAAAACUGAUAAAUGAUGCCAAAAGCAUAGUGAUGAAGUAUAUAAUUGAAAUGGGUAAACGAUUUAUAGGCGUAGUUGACGACAAUGAAAAUAAUUCUGCACCGAAGGACAAAUCCAUGAUAUUUUUUCAUGAAGUGAAUUUGGAUAACAAACGAGAAGUUCAUAUGACAUUUUUUGAAGUCAAGAAAGUUCCACCAAAUCUCCUGAAAUUAUUCAAGGAAUCAGAUAAAAUUGGGGGGAAAUUGCAUAGAGUGGAAGAAUUUGACGAUCUAGAAAGGGAAAAACAGCUUCGUACUUUGAGAUUGAUUACAGAUGCCCUCAAUUCGAAUGAAGACCCGGACCCUACUUACAAAUUGACCACAGAUAAUCUACAAAAGAUUAUUUCAUUAAACAUGAGAAUUCAGUGCAAGAUUCCUGUGAUAUUAGAAGGAGAAACUGGAUGUGGAAAAACGAGGAUGGUAGAAUUUCUUAGUAAACUUAAGGCAUCAGAUAAAAAUGCUAGAGUCCUGAUUACAAGAAAGGUGUAUGGUGGUGUAACUGCCUCUGAUAUUCAGAAAAGUGUCAAAGAAGCAGAGAAAGUGUGGUCACAAAGUAAAACGGACCAGGACACGAGACUCAUUUUUUUUGAUGAAGCUAACACAACAGAAGCUAUAUACGCAAUCAAAGAGGUCAUGUGUGAUAAUACAUUCGAUGGAGAAGCUGUUGCGAUGAAAAACACAACAAUAAUUGCUGCUUGUAACCCGCAUAAGGAAAUGUCAGAAACUGCUAUUGAGCAUCUCAUGUCUUGUGGACUGGGAAGCAAAAUCCAUGCUAAUCAAGCAGAUGAAAAAAGUGGCAGUGGAAUGCGAAAUCUAGUGUACAAAGUUUUACCACUUCCUCCAAGUAUGAAGCCCUAUGUUUGGGUCACGAAACAAGCUGAUGAAACUACCGAAAAUCUAUAUAUUGAACAGAUUGCCAAGAAUAUUACUAGCAUUGUUAAAACUGAAGAUCUUAGCAAACUUGUGUCCGAAGCCCAUCAAUUCAUCAAAGAGCAUAACGAUGGGUUUAGAUUUGUCAGUCUGCGAGAUGUUGAAAGGUGUAUGAAGGUAUAUGAGUGGUUCCAUAACAAUAGUGAUGUGCUUUUUCCAUUAAUUGAUGAAGAGAAGCAUAAUGUUUAUCAAGAUGGGACAUUCCCAUCCAUUGAGCCGGAUUUUCGCAAAUUAAUCCAUGCAAUAAAUGUUUGCUAUCACGCUUCUCUACAACACAAUAGAUCGGAGUUUAGAGAAAAGAUAUGCCACACAUUAAAAAAUCUUCGUGUUUCAAAUUUGACUGAAUAUGACUUAUUGCAAGAAUUUUUAGCCUGCCAAAGAGUUUUCUUACUUCAAGCUCAAAUUCAAAGCUCAGAGAAUAUUUCAUACAACCGGGCACUGAUGGAAAAUUUCUUUAUGAUGGUCGUUUGUGUAGACUUGCGAAUUCCCCUUUUCGUCAUUGGAAAACCAGGCAGUUCAAAAUCCCUGGCAAAGACAUUAGUAUCGAAUUGCAUGAGGGGGAGAUUUUCGGAGUCUAAACUUUUCUCCAAAUUGAAACAAGCAAAUCUGAUGUCCUACCAAUGUAGCGCUCUAUCUGAUGCUGCUGGUAUUAUCCACACAUUCGAGCAAUGCUGUGAUAUGCAAGAAAACAAUGAUUCAAAUACAUUUACAUCCGUUGCUGUGCUAGAUGAAAUCGGUCUUGCAGAAGAUUCACCAGCUAUGCCACUCAAGGUUCUUCAUCCAUUGCUUGAAUUCGGCAGCAUCAAAAAUAAUGAACGAGGACAUCAAGUUGCAUUUCUUGGUUUAUCUAACUGGCCACUUGACCCUGCUAAAUUGAACAGAGGUGUUUUUCUUUUUCACGAAAAUCCAGACAACGAAGAUUUGUACAAAACAGCAACAGAAAUUUGUGCCAUAAAUGAGCAGAGUCAUCCCAAUGCCCAAAAAAUUUUGAAAACUCUGACAAAGGUAUAUUUGGACAUAGAAACUAAUCAGGAUGUGAAGUAUUUUGGUCUUAGAGAUUUUUACAGUCUCAUAAAAUCUUGCAAUGGUCACUUUGGAGAUCCUAAGUCAUUAUUCGAAGCAGUGGGAAGAAAUUUUGGAGGCAUGGAAUCAGAUGUUCUUGAGAAAUUCAAAAGUGAAAUUUGUAAAAUAUUCCCACACUCGGAACUUGUUUUAAUGCCAAUAAAAGAAGUAGUGCAAACAAAUCUGGGUGAAACGGACAGUCGAUACUUGCUUCUUCUAACUAAUUAUUAUCCUUCUAUAAAUCUAGUUUCACUGGUUGUAAAAAAUUUUGAUAAGAUGAAAGUCAUCGUUGGCUCUGCCUUUCCAGGAGAUCAAACUUUUGCGAAGAUUUGCAGAAACAUACAGGAGGUAAAGACUUGCAUGGAAACAGGAACACCUGUGGUAAUGUUAAUUCUUGCAGAAAUUCAAGAAUCCCUGUAUGACGCUUUGAAUCAACAUUACAACACUCUUGGAGGAAAGAGGUACGUGGACAUAGGAUUGGGAGGACAAAGGUUAAAAUGUUGUGUUGCUGAGAAUUUCCGAUUGAUAAUACUUGAAAAAAAAGAUAAAGCUUAUACAGAAUAUCCAAUACCUCUGCUUAAUCGACUGGAAAAGCAUUUAUUAGAUUCAGAUGGUUUAUUACCAGAAUCUGAAAAGGAUAAAAUGGUAGAAGUUCAAAAAUGGACAGAGUUAUUUGUAGCAGUUGACUUCCAAAAAUCAGAUUCUUUGGUAGGUCAUCAAAAAGAUACAGUGAGUUCAACCCUGCUAUUGCGUCCAGACCAAGAAGAAUGCAAAGUAAUUUUACUCCAAUCUGCAACUUUGGAUGCAAUGUACAGAAUCAAAAAAAAUAUCAUUGACCUGGAUAAAAUGAAAAAGUUGCACAGUACCUAUUUUGAAAAACAGAGUCACUACAAACUAACAUGCUUCUUGAACCAGACUCUGGAAAUAUUGGGAACUCAAAAAAAAUUACCUAUUAGCAUUUUUGAAAUUGUAUCUUACUCUGGUAUUCUUGUAGGUAAUGACCGAGAACAGUUGGAAAAAAAUCUGAAUUUGAAAAAGUAUGAUGUGAUGAUACUCAACAUUAGACAAUUUUACACACUAAGAGAAUUUGAACAUGAUGUUGAUAUAUUCUUACAAGAAUGCAGAGACUAUAAGCAAGACACAUCUAAGAAGAUAAAUGCUAAAAUUCUAGUAUUGCAGUGUCCCCAGGCUCACAAGUAUGCAAAACUAAUUGAAUGUGCUAAGCAUUCAUGGUCUAAUAAAGAUAAAACAGGGAUUUCGAUAACUAUUAUUGUUAUUGUUUUGUGGUCCAUUGAGAGAAAUACUGAAUUCUUGAUGCAACAAGCGCAAGACAACAGAAUUAUUUAUAUCGAUGAAGUGAGAUCCUUCCAAACUGAUGAAACUAAAGCUGAUCCAACCGCCAGUGAGAAUUUUUUUUCAACUGAAACACUAUUGAAUACGAAUCUCGUUGACAUAUUUGCACCAAAAAAUGCAAGUAACAAAUUUAUGAAAAAGUUUUUGCAAGAUAGUCUCAGCAAAGCAAUGACUAAAAUUGAAGGUUCUCAAAUUGCUUCCACACGCUAUAAAGCAAGAGUUAAGACCCUCACAAAUCUUCUGCAAACUGAUGAGAAAAUAGGCAAAAGUUUUCGAAACAAAUUUCUGGACAAGAUUCAUAAAAUCUUAAUGAGUGAGGAUACCUUGAAAUGCAAUGAAUGGAUUCAUCUCCUGGCAAAUGAUAAAAAGAGCCUACAAGAAGGAGGAACGUUUCAUAAAGCUCUGCUUUUGUAUUUGAAGACACUGAUAUCAAACUUGAUAGCUCACUUCAUUUGUAAUAUCGAUGUGCAGUGCAAUUUGAAUCUUAUUGAGAAAUUUCCUGAUGUGUAUCAUCAAGAUAGAGAUCGAACAGAAAACAUAUGGCUAAGCAUGUUUGAGAAGUUGUCCUUUGACCAUCUGAGACCAGACUGGAUGCAUAAAGAAUUCAUAGCCGUCAGUCCAAUAACUGAACGACCAACUAUGGCAUGUGAAUUUCCCUUUGGAUGUGUGGUUACCGGGAGUUUGCAAACACAUUUAAUUUCAGAAUGGGAAUCCAGUUCGAAAGAUUGUAAUGCAAGUUUGGUGAAAUUUUUCAGACAACAUAGUUUAUAUCCUGUUAUUAAAUAUGGAAUAUCAACUUACCCAGAAUUAUUGCAGGGUUACGUGCAUGAUUUGGUCAAUAGCCAUUACACACCAAGUUCUGAACAACAUCCGGAAACUGAAGUUAAUGCUGUCAUUAAAUUGGUUGAGAAAAGAGCGUUUGAUGGCAAAGACAAUGUCGAACAAGCAGAUAAAUUUCCACUUGUUUAUUCUACAUUUAUUGAUUUAAAAGACAAAUUGAGAAUACUGAGGGAAGUGUUCAAAGUUAGCCCACUAGUUGCCGAGUCCAUAAAUACAGUAAUGCCGGAAAAAAUUUGGAAUUGGCACGAUGGAGAUAUACACCAUUGGGGAAUGCUUAAAGCAUUAGAAGAUCUUCGCCAAAAAACAACAUUUUUUUCAGAGAAUCCAGAAAGUUGUUUAUCUUGGCUGGAGCAAGCCAAAAGCAUCAAAAAAACUGUUUAUCUUGUACAUGAUUGUAUACAAGAGCAGAAAAAAAAAAGAUGAACUAAUGUUGAAAUGGCUGCCAAUAUCUUUAGUGAAUGUUUUACUUCUACAGUUGAUUCCCAACGAUGAAUACAGAAUCGAAUACACCGAAGUGAUUGCUAAUUCUGCUGAAUUGCUAGUUUCGGUUCAAGAUGA